AUGUUCUUAGUUCUUAUACUAAAAAUUAUUUACAGAGUUCUACCACAUUAUUGUAAUUCAACAAUUAGUUCUACAGCAAAAAAAUCAAAACAACAAAAAUAUGAUAAUAAUAAAUUAUCUCGUCCACUAUCAAGUAAAAAGAAAUCCAUAAAUGGAAACUUAAAUUAUGAAUGUGCAUAUAACGAUGACGAUUUCGGUUUUGGAUUAGCAGAAAAUAGCAAUCGAAGAUACUAUUCUCCUGAAACCCGCCACUCCCACCUUGCGGAAAACACACCUAAGAUAUUAUGCAGUCAGCAACAUUCAUUACAAUUAGAACAUCCCAAAGAUACGAAAAAAAAAAAAGAUAAGUUUUUACAAAAUACAAUGGAUGAAUCAUCAUAUCAACGAUUUCUUGAAGAAAUGACAAACGAAGUAGUUAGACUUGACUUGUCAACAGAUAAAGCAUUGAAAAAUGUUUUUCGUAAACAUAUAAAACACAAUAUUGGAAAGCUUGAUGAGAAAAAAAUGAUGGCAGAAGUGAUGAAGGUACAAGCAUUAUUAGAUUUACCAUUGGACAACGAUGAUCGAUAUUCUGGAAUUGAUGACAUGCCAACACUUUCAACAAAUAAUGCAACUAUUCCACAUGACUUACCAGCAUUAAAAUCUAUAAAAUAAUUUUUGAAUGAUCUAGAUCCAUAAAAUAAUGUGUACAGUUAUUUUUUUUUUUUUUUUUGC